UGCUGUUUAUGGUUGUUAUGGGGUAAGUUGAGGUGGAUGUCUGCUGUUUAUGGUUGUUAUGGGGUAAGCUGAGGUGGAUGUCUGUGCUGUUUAUGGUUGUUAUGGGGUUAGCUGAGGUGGAUGUCUGCUGUUUAUGGUUGUUAUGGGGUAAGCUGAGGUGGAUGUCUGUGCUGUUUAUGGUUGUUAUGGGGUAAGCUGAGGUGGAUGUCUGUGCUGUUUAUGGUUGUUAUGGGGUUAGCUGAGGUGGAUGUCUGCUGUUUAUGGUUGUUAUGGGGUAAGCUGAGGUGGAUGUCUGUGCUGUUUAUGGUUGUUAUGGGGUUAGCUGAGGUGGAUGUCUGUGCUGUUUAUGGUUGUUAUGGGGUUAGCUGAGGUGGAUGUCUGUGCUGUUUAUGGUUGUUAUGGGGUUAGCUGAGGUGGAUGUCUGUGCUGUUUAUGGUUGUUAUGGGGUUAGCUGAGGUGGAUGUCUGUGCUGUUUAUGGUUGUUAUGGGGUUAGCUGAGGUGGAUGUCUGUGCUGUUUAUGGUUGUUAUGGGGUUAGCUGAGGUGGAUGUCUGUGCUGUUUAUGGUUGUUAUGGGGUUAGCUGAGGUGGAUGUCUGCUGUUUAUGGUUGUUAUGGGGUUAGCUGAGGUGGAUGUCUGUGCUGUUUAUGGUUGUUAUGGGGUUAGCUGAGGUGGAUGUCUGUGCUGUUUAUGGUUGUUAUGGGGUAAGCUGAGGUGGAUGUCUGUGCUGUUUAUGGUUGUUAUGGGGUUAGCUGAGGUGGAUGUCUGUGCUGUUUAUGGUUGUUAUGGGGUAAGCUGAGGUGGAUGUCUGUGCUGUUUAUGGUUGUUAUGGGGUUAGCUGAGGUGGAUGUCUGUGCUGUUUAUGGUUGUUAUGGGGUAAGCUGAGGUGGAUGUCUGUGCUGUUUAUGGUUGUUAUGGGGUUAGCUGAGGUGGAUGUCUGUGCUGUUUAUGGUUGUUAUGGGGUAAGCUGAGGUGGAUGUCUGUGCUGUUUAUGGUUGUUAUGGGGUUAGCUGAGGUGGAUGUCUGUGCUGUUUAUGGUUGUUAUGGGGUUAGCUGAGGUGGAUGUCUGUGCUGUUUAUGGUUGUUAUGGGGUUAGCUGAGGUGGAUGUCUGUGCUGUUUAUGGUUGUUAUGGGGUUAGCUGAGGUGGAUGUCUGUGCUGUUUAUGGUUGUUAUGGGGUAAGCUGAGGUGGAUGUCUGUGCUGUUUAUGGUUGUUAUGGGGUUAGCUGAGGUGGAUGUCUGUGCUGUUUAUGGUUGUUAUGGGGUUAGCUGAGGUGGAUGUCUGUGCUGUUUAUGGUUGUUAUGGGGUUAGCUGAGGUGGAUGUCUGUGCUGUUUAUGGUUGUUAUGGGGUUAGCUGAGGUGGAUGUCUGUGCUGUUUAUGGUUGUUAUGGGGUUAGCUGAGGUGGAUGUCUGUGCUGUUUAUGGUUGUUAUGGGGUUAGCUGAGGUGGAUGUCUGCUGUUUAUGGUUGUUAAUGGGGUUAGCUGAGGUGGAUGUCUGCUGUUUAUGGUUGUUAUGGGGUUAGCUGAGGUGGAUGUCUGCUGUUUAUGGUUGUUAUGGGGUUAGCUGAGGUGGAUGUCUGCUGUUUAUGGUUGUUAUGGGGUUAGCUGAGGUGGAUGUCUGUGCUGUUUAUGGUUGUUAUGGGGUUAGCUGAGGUGGAUGUCUGCUGUUUAUGUUUGUUAUGGGGUUAGCUGAGGUGGAUGUCUGUGCUGUUUAUGGUUGUUAUGGGGUUAGCUGAGGUGGAUGUCUGCUGUUUAUGGUUGUUAAUGGGGUUAGCUGAGGUGGAUGUCUGUGCUGUUUAUGGUUGUUAUGGGGUUAGCUGAGGUGGAUGUCUGUGCUGUUUAUGGUUGUUAUGGGGUUAGCUGAGGUGGAUGUCUGCUGUUUAUGGUUGUUAUGGGGUUAGCUGAGGUGGAUGUCUGUGCUUUUUAUGGUUGUUAUGGGGUUAGCUGAGGUGGAUGUCUGUGCUGUUUAUGGUUGUUAUGGGGUUAGCUGAGGUGGAUGUCUGUGCUGUUUAUGGUUGUUAUGGGGUAAGCUGAGGUGGAUGUCUGUGCUGUUUAUGGUUGUUAUGGGGUAAGCUGAGGUGGAUGUCUGUGCUGUUUAUGGUUGUUAUGGGGUUAGCUGAGGUGGAUGUCUGUGCUGUUUAUGGUUGUUAUGGGGUAAGCUGAGGUGGAUGUCUGUGCUGUUUAUGGUUGUUAUGGGGUUCGCUGAGGUGGAUGUCUGUGCUGUUUAUGGUUGUUAUGGGGUUAGCUGAGGUGGAUGUCUGUGCUGUUUAUGGUUGUUAUGGGGUAAGCUGAGGUGGAUGUCUGUGCUGUUUAUGGUUGUUAUGGGGUAAGCUGAGGUGGAUGUCUGUGCUGUUUAUGGUUGUUAUGGGGUUAGCUGAGGUGGAUGUCUGUGCUUUUUAUGGUUGUUAUGGGGUUAGCUGAGGUGGAUGUCUGUGCUUUUUAUGGUUGUUAUGGGGUUAGCUGAGGUGGAUGUCUGUGCUUUUUAUGGUUGUUAUGGGGUUAGCUGAGGUGGAUGUCUGUGCUUUUUAUGGUUGUUAUGGGGUUCGCUGAGGUGGAUGUCUGUGCUGUUUAUGGUUGUUAUGGGGUUAGCUGAGGUGGAUGUCUGUGCUGUUUAUGGUUGUUAUGGGGUAAGCUGAGGUGGAUGUCUGUGCUGUUUAUGGUUGUUAUGGGGUUAGCUGAGGUGGAUGUCUGUGCUGUUUAUGGUUGUUAUGGGGUAAGCUGAGGUGGAUGUCUGUGCUGUUUAUGGUUGUUAUGGGGUUAGCUGAGGUGGAUGUCUGCUGUUUAUGGUUGUUAUGGGGUUAGCUGAGGUGGAUGUCUGUGCUGUUUAUGGUUGUUAUGGGGUAAGCUGAUGUGGAUGUCUGUGCUUUUUAUGGUUGUUAUGGGGUUAGCUGAGGUGGAUGUCUGUGCUGUUUAUGGUUGUUAUGGGGUUAGCUGAGGUGGAUGUCUGUGCUGUUUAUGGUUGUUAUGGGGUUAGCUGAGGUGGAUGUCUGUGCUGUUUAUGGUUGUUAUGGGGUUAGCUGAGGUGGAUGUCUGUGCUGUUUAUGGUUGUUAUGGGGUAAGCUGAGGUGGAUGUCUGUGCUGUUUAUGGUUGUUAUGGGGUUAGCUGAGGUGGAUGUCUGUGCUGUUUAUGGUUGUUAUGGGGUUAGCUGAGGUGGAUGUCUGUGCUUUUUAUGGUUGUUAUGGGGUUAGCUGAGGUGGAUGUCUGUGCUGUUUAUAGUUGUUAUGGGGUUAGCUGAGGUGGAUGUCUGUGCUGUUUAUGGUUGUUAUGGGGUAAGCUGAGGUGGAUGUCUGUGCUGUUUAUGGUUGUUAUGGGGUUAGCUGAGGUGAAUGUCUGUGCUGUUUAUGGAUGUUAUGGGGUUAGCUGAGGUGGAUGUCUGUGCUGUUUAUGGUUGUUAUGGGGUAAGCUGAGGUGGAUGUCUGCUGUUUAUGGUUGUUAUGGGGUUAGCUGAGGUGGAUGUCUGUGCUGUUUAUGGUUGUUAUGGGGUUAGCUGAGGUGGAUGUCUGUGCUGUUUAUGGUUGUUAUGGGGUUAGCUGAGGUGGAUGUCUGCUGUUUAUGGUUGUUAUGGGGUUAGCUGAGGUGGAUGUCUGCUGUUUAUGGUUGUUAUGGGGUUAGCUGAGGUGGAUGUCUGUGCUGUUUAUGGUUGUUAUGGGGUUAGCUGAGGUGGAUGUCUGUGCUGUUUAUGGUUGUUAUGGGGUAAGCUGAGGUGGAUGUCUGUGCUGUUUAUGGUUGUUAUGGGGUUAGCUGAGGUGGAUGUCUGUGCUGUUUAUGGUUGUUAUGGGGUUAGCUGAGGUGGAUGUCUGUGCUGUUUAUGGUUGUUAUGGGGUUCGCUGAGGUGGAUGUCUGUGCUGUUUAUGGUUGUUAUGGGGUAAGCUGAGGUGGAUGUCUGUGCUGUUUAUGGUUGUUAUGGGGUUAGCUGAGGUGGAUGUCUGUGCUGUUUAUGGUUGUUAUGGGGUUAGCUGAGGUGGAUGUCUGUGCUGUUUAUGGUUGUUAUGGGGUUCGCUGAGGUGGAUGUCUGUGCUGUUUAUGGUUGUUAUGGGGUUAGCUGAGGUGGAUGUCUGUGCUGUUUAUGGUUGUUAUGGGGUUAGCUGAGGUGGAUGUCUGUGCUGUUUAUGUUUGUUAUGGGGUUAGCUGAGGUGGAUGUCUGUGCUGUUUAUGGUUGUUAUGGGGUUAGCUGAGGUGGAUGUCUGUGCUGUUUAUGGUUGUUAUGGGGUUAGCUGAGGUGGAUGUCUGCUGUUUAUGUUUGUUAUGGGGUUAGCUGAGGUGGAUGUCUGUGCUGUUUAUGGUUGUUAUGGGGUUAGCUGAGGUGGAUGUCUGUGCUGUUUAUGGUUGUUAUGGGGUUAGCUGAGGUGGAUGUCUGUGCUGUUUAUGGUUGUUAUGGGGUUAGCUGAGGUGGAUGUCUGCUGUUUAUGGUUGUUAUGGGGUAAGCUGAGGUGGAUGUCUGUGCUGUUUAUGGUUGUUAUGGGGUUAGCUGAGGUGGAUGUCUGUGCUGUUUAUGGUUGUUAUGGGGUUAGCUGAGGUGGAUGUAUGUGCUGUUUAUGGUUGUUAUGGGGUUAGCUGAGGUGGAUGUCUGCUGUUUAUGGUUGUUAUGGGGUAAGCUGAGGUGGAUGUCUGUGCUGUUUAUGGUUGUUAUGGGGUUAGCUGAGGUGGAUGUCUGUGCUGUUUAUGGUUGUUAUGGGGUUAGCUGAGGUGGAUGUCUGCUGUUUAUGGUUGUUAUGGGGUUAGCUGAGGUGGAUGUCUGUGCUGUUUAUGGUUGUUAUGGGGUAAGCUGAGGUGGAUGUCUGCUGUUUAUGUUUGUUAUGGGGUUAGCUGAGGUGGAUGUCUGUGCUGUUUAUGGUUGUUAUGGGGUUAGCUGAGGUGGAUGUCUGUGCUGUUUAUGGUUGUUAUGGGGUUAGCUGAGGUGGAUGUCUGUGCUGUUUAUGGUUGUUAUGGGGUUAGCUGAGGUGGAUGUCUGCUGUUUAUGGUUGUUAUGGGGUUAGCUGAGGUGGAUGUCUGUGCUGUUUAUGGUUGUUAUGGGGUAAGCUGAGGUGGAUGUCUGUGCUGUUUAUGGUUGUUAUGGGGUAAGAUGAGGUGGAUGUCUGUGCUGUUUAUGGUUGUUAUGGGGUUAGCUGAGGUGGAUGUCUGUGCUGUUUAUGUUUGUUAUGGGGUUAGCUGAGGUGGAUGUCUGUGCUGUUUAUGGUUGUUAUGGGGUAAGCUGAGGUGGAUGUCUGUGCUGUUUAUGGUUGUUAUGGGUUAAGCUGAGGUGGAUGUCUGUGCUGUUUAUGGUUGUUAUGGGGUUAGCUGAGGUGGAUGUCUGUGCUGUUUAUGGUUGUUAUGGGGUUAGCUGAGGUGGAUGUCUGUGCUGUUUAUGGUUGUUAUGGGGUUAGCUGAGGUGGAUGUCUGUGCUGUUUAUGGUUGUUAUGGGUUAAGCUGAGGUGGAUGUCUGUGCUGUUUAUGGUUGUUAUGGGGUUAGCUGAGGUGGAUGUCUGUGCUGUUUAUGGUUGUUAUGGGUUAAGCUGAGGUGGAUGUCUGUGCUUUUUAUGGUUGUUAUGGGGUAAGCUGAGGUGGAUGUCUGUGCUGAGCUUCAGAGAUAGUGGGAGGGGAGAGGAGGCGCUUACACUGAACCUUUUAAGGGUGCAGAUUAAUAGUUCAGAGUUGCUCACUGUCUUUGUCUCCUCCUCUUCAUCCACACACACCAUUCUAUAUGAUGUUGUCGAGAGGAAUGACAGACCUUUAAUUUCUAUUGACUUUAGAGCAUAGGCCUAUGAAAUAUUAGAGGGCUGCAGGUUUAGGUUGUUGUAUGCUUGAGAGAAUAGGUUAUGGGCAAUUCAAACAAACCCACAUUGUAGUACUGUAGGAGUAGGAUAUUUACACAGAUGUAAACACACAUUUUACAAUCAAAUAACAUCUCUGAAUUGGUUUUAGACAGUUUUAGGCCUAUAUAAAUAGAAGUGAUAUGCUUUCACUUUUCAGAAUAAGACGUGUGUAUGUGUGUAUGGGCAUUGACAUUUGCUACAUAUGGAAAAGUAGGCUUUUUAAAUAGUAUUAUAAGGGUCUCCUUUCUGCUCAAAACACACUGUAAAAUGGUUUACUUUGUCUGAAUGACAAAUGAAUGUGUUAGGUUCACUUCAGUUGCUUCCAAAUGGGUAUCAUCACUAAACAUGUUUUGUCCAUUGGAGGGUGCUGUCUGUUAGUGUUAAGGUCACUGAUGAGCUGAUAGGAUUUCCUCUCCGUAUGAUGGGUGCUAUGGUUGGGCUUUAUUUUACAGCCCUCUAUUUACCUGGUGUCCUUAGAAAUGAUAUGGUAAUAGUAGUUAAAUUACUUGAUAAUUAGGCCCUCCUUCUUAGUGGUUUCUCAUUGAUUGUAACAUGCACCACUAGUACCAUGUUACUUGUUAUAGUGAACAAAAAUAUGAGCUCAACAAUUUCAAAGAUUUUACAGAGUUACAGUUUAUAUAAGGAAAUCAGUCAAUUGAAAUAAAUUCAUUAGGUCCUAAUCUAUGGAUUUCACAUGACUGGGCAGAGGUGCAACCAUGGGUGGGCCUUGGAGGGCAUUGGCCCACCCACUGGGGAGCCAGGCCCAGCCAAUCAGUUUUUCCCCACAUAAUGGCUUUAUUACACACAGAAAGGCUCCUCAGUUUCAUCAGCUGUCCAGGUGGCUGGUCUCAGACAAUCCCGCAGGUAAAGAAGCCCGAUGUGGAGGUCCUGGGCUGGCGUGGUUACAUGUGGUCUGCGGUUGUAAGGCUGGUUGGACGUACUGCUAAAUUCUCUGAAACGACGUUGGAGACUGCUUAUGGGAGAGAAAUGAACAUUCAAUUAUCUGGCAACAGCUCUGGUGGACAUUCCUGUAUUCAACAUGCCAAUUUCCCACUCCCUCCAAACUUGAGAUAUCUGUAGCAUUGUGUUGUGUGACAAAACUGCACAUUUUAAAUGGCCUUUUAUUGUCCCCAGCACAAGGUGCAACUGUGUAAUGGUCAUGCUGUUUAAUCAGCUUCUUGAUAUGCCACACCUGUCAGGUGAAUGGAUUAUCUUGGCAAAGGAGAAAUUCCCACUAAGAGACAUACAAAAAUUAUGCACAUUUGGGAGAAAUAAGCUUUUUGUAAGUAUGGAACAUUCCUGUGAUCUUUUAUUUCAGCUCAUGAAACAUGGGACCAACACUUUACAUGUUACAUUUAUAUUUUUGUUCAGUGUACCAAUGGUGCCGGAAUCCAUGAUAUAGGUUAAGUCCAGGGCAUUACUGUUUGUUGCUUCAUUAGGUUGGGGACAAACGGGUCAGCCUCAUGCAGAAGAUUGGGAACUGAUUUAAUUGGCUCUUAAAAUAUGUUGCUGAUAUCUCUCUCCCUCCAGACCCUGUGGUGGUGUGCGUAGCGCACCAUGGCCCAGACCCUUCAGAUGGCGAUUCCUAACUUUGGCAACAACGUCCUGGAGUGUCUGAACGAGCAGCGUCUCCAGGGGCUCUACUGCGAUGUCUCUGUGGUCGUCAAGGGACACGCCUUCAAGGCUCACCGUGCCGUGCUUGCGGCCAGCAGCACUUACUUCCGGGACCUGUUCAGCACUGGGGGAGGCAGCGGCUCCAAGACCCCCACAGUGGUGGAGCUCCCCCCGGCCGUCCAGCCCCAGAGCUUCCAGCAGAUCCUGGCCUUCUGCUACACAGGCCGCCUCAGCAUGACAGUGGGAGACCAGUUCCUCCUCAUGUACACCGCAGGCUUCCUGCAGAUCCAGCAGAUCAUGGAGAAGGGCACAGAGUUCUUCCUCAAGGUUUCUUCGCCCAGCUGUGACUCCCAGGGCCUGCAAGCCGAGGAGGCUCCGCCCUCCGAACCCCAGAGCCCCGUCACUCAAACCGUUGCCAUGGGGACUGGCAGUCGCCCCGCCUCCUGCCUUACCCCCCUCCCCCUCGUAGCGCGGGUGAAGACAGAGCAGCAGGGCAACCAAUCAGAAGCCUCGCCCUACUCGGUGGUGUGCACUCCUGUGGCCAAGCGCUUGUGGGAGGGCGGCAGCAGCCGAGACGGGGGUGGAGGGGGCUCAGGUGGAGGCGGAUCCAGGAAGGCCGCCCGCUUUUCCCAGGAGUCUGUGCGAGGGAGUGCCAUCCAGAGCUCGGGGGCGCUGGCACUGGCCAUGGGAAUGGGGGCCAGCGGGGCGGGGAUAGGAUCAGGGGUUGGGGGUCACGGCAGCGGGUCCAACGGGAGUGUGGUCUCCAUGGGCAACGUGGCAUCGGAGGGCGCCAGCCCGGGCACGAUGAGUGCCUACACCAGUGACUCACCUAUCAGUUACCAUGACGAGGAGGAAGAGGAGGAGGUGACGGAGGAGCAGACAGAGGAGCAGUACAGGCAGAUCUGUAACAUGUACACCAUGUACAGCAUGCUCAACGUGGGCGCCGCAGCUGGUGAGCGUGUGGAGGCCCUGCCGGACCACUCAGAGACCCGGGGUCGUAUGCGGGGUCGCCAGGACCUGUCGUCUCUCCCCGCUGAGCUCAUCACACAGAUAGGCAACCGCUGCCACCCCAAACUAUACGAGGAGGGGGACCCCGCAGAGAAACUAGAGCUCGUCUCAGGUACGUGUGUGUUCAUAUCUCGAGCCCAGCUGAUGAACUGUCAUGUGAGUGCAGGGACCAGACACAAGGUGUUGCUCAGGAGGCUGCUGGCUGCCUUCUUCGACAGGAAUACUCUGGCUAACAGCUGUGGAACAGGAAUCCGCUCCUCCACUAACGACCCCAGCCGCAAGCCCCUGGACAACAGAGUGUUGCACGCAGUCAAAUUCUACAGCCAGAACUUCGCCACCAGCUUCAAGGAGAGCGAGAUGAACGCCAUCGCGGCGGACAUGUGCACCAACGCCCGCCGCGUCGUCCGCAAGAGCUGGAUCCCCAAGCUGAAGCUGCUCAUGGCCGAGGGCGACGCAUACUCCGCCUUCCUCCCCGACGCCAAGAUGGAGGCCGACGCCCUAGGGGCGGAGCCAACCUUUGAACCCAACUCCCUGGAGGGCGCCGAGACAGGUGGCUCGUCCGGCGAGUCGCUGCAGGGGGUGGGAAGCGACGGAGGCACUUUGUUUUAGAUGGGGAGGUGGAGUACAGAAGUGUUUAGAAGACGAUGAUGAUGAUGAUGAUGAAUACCUAUAUUUCCCUGUACUCCUUUCUUCUCCUCUGGUGGUGUGGCCCAUCCCCCUGACCCUUUGGCCUUUUCAUCCUCCACCUCCGACAUGUGACUCUGAAACGUUGCUAGGGGAAACAGGGGUUGUUACCAGGAUGUUAACCAGGAAGUAAUGCUUUAAUUUUGAAAGCGAGAGUCCAAGCAAUCGUAACUUCCAAUAUGGUUUCUGCUGUAUAUUAGUAUGGGGGUAGAGAAAGGGUGAUGGUUUUGUGGGGAUGCAGUAUUUUUUUUUAUUUAAUUUUUUUGUUUUAUUAACCAAAUUCCUGCCUCUCCAUAUCAAAACACAUUCCCCUGGUUUUGAAUGUAGAUGUCAGCAGCAUUGCACAAUGUCAGUCUGAACGAUUGUAUCCCAACCUCUUGAGGAAAAACAAACUGACAGAAAGAUAACUACUCUAUGGAUAUGAGAGAGACUGUAGUUUCCCUCGAAUGAGAGAAAGAGAAAAGGGGAGAGAGGGAGCGAUAGAAAGACCCCUAACCCACCAACCCCACACCCUUCUGUGACCAGAACAAAAUGAUUAUGCCCUCAGUUUUAAUGUACUGUCUCUCUUCUUGUAGCUUUUCUGAUCACAGCUCGUUUCUCUGUUUGUAACAUGGAUCCAGAGAUGAGGACUACAGGUGUACAACCUGUAAUUGUAAAGAAAUCCAAGGGGAACAGAAAAAGACAGUCAUAUUUUUUCGAAUAUGUAUUUAUACAACUGUUGUUGUGUACAGAGAGAAAGAGAGGGAUUGGGUUUAAAUCUCUGUUGUUUUAUUGUAUUUUGAACAGCUGUUUUUGCAAAGAAAGUCCUGCUCCGAAAAAUAAGAUUUAAAAGCAAAUAAAUAAAAGUGCUAUUUUUGCAUAAAAAUAUGGUAUUGAUCAAGUGGUCAGAAAAGUCUUAACGUCGGGCCUUUUGAGUUUUUUGUUUUGACAAACUAUUGAACUGAAAAAUAUCUGUUUUUAAGACAGAACUGGGCACUUUCUACCUGUGGCAAUCCAAUAUAGCUUAUUAUCUUAUUCUUGUCCUUUUUCUCUAUGGAAAUUGUCAAGGAAGCCUACCUAUGUGGCUGUUCACAACGAUGACUGACUCUGUUAUGCUUGCUAGCGACGUUACUAUGCUAGCUAAACUGCUUACUCGGAAAUCACGGCUAAAUGUAAAAAUGCACAGCUUGAAUCAACUGGUGGACUGCUGCAACUAUCGUGCUAGCGAGCUAACCCCUCCUCUGUUGGUUAGUGACUUGCUCCGAAGCAGACUACUGACAUCAUUACACAUCAUGAGGUGCUAGCGAGCUAACCCCUCCUCUGUUGGUUAGUGACUUGCUCCGAAGCAGACUACUGACAUCAUUACACAUCAUGAGGUGCUAGCGAGCUAACCCCUCCUCUGUUGGUUAGUGACUUGCUCCGAAGCAGACUACUGACAUCAUUACACAUCAUGAGGUGCUAGCGAGCUAACCCCUCCUCUGUUGGUUAGUGACUUGCUCCGAAGCAGACUACUGACAUCAUUACACAUCAUGAGGUGCUAGCGAGCUAACCCCUCCUCUGUUGGUUAGUGACUUGCUCCGAAGCAGACUACUGACAUCAUUACACAUCAUGAGGUGCUAGCGAGCUAACCCCUCCUCUGUUGGUUAGUGACUUGCUCCGAAGCAGACUACUGACAUCAUUACACAUCAUGAGGUGCUAGCGAGCUAACCCCUCCUCUGUUGGUUAGUGACUUGCUCUGAAGCAGACUACUGACAUCAUUACACAUCAUGAGGUGCUAGCGAGCUAACCCCUCCUCUGUUGGUUAGUGACUUGCUCCGAAGCAGACUACUGACAUCAUUACACAUCAUGAGGUGGUGAUUCAAUGACAGGAAAACAUUUGGAAUAAUGGAAUGUGCCUUUUUUAAUCGACAUGGAUAUGCAGGGGUGGGUCCUGCUUAUGUUGAUGUUGGGAAGGAGGGAGUAGAAUGGGGUUUAAAAGGGGGCAGGUCGUUCAGCUUGAGACAGAGUUGUAACACACACACACACACACACACACACACACACGUGUUCCAAAGAGAGAUGGGGUGAGGUCAGGAGGAUUGGCAUUCCAGUGGAGUAUGUUAGUGUGUUUUAAACAGUCUCAUAUAUGUGCGAGAGCAAGCAUUUGUGUUCAUUUCUUGAAUGUGACUGAAAAGUAUAUUUGUUCCUGUGCGAUUGAUGUGUGUGAGUGCGCUUUACAUGGAUGUGCGUAUGUGUGAGUGUGCUUUUACGUGUGUGUGUCCUCCACCUGGUAGUUUUUUGGAUUGGUUUAAGACUCCCUUUGCUGGGACACUUGUCUUUGUGAACGAUGACCUACACCAUCUUCCAUACACCUUUGCAAUCCAAAAGAUGUGAGACACCUUCAGAUAGAAAAGUGAUGUAUAGAGCGGACACAAUUCACUUUUCUCCAUACGGCAGAGAAGCAGGUCCACUCUAUGCAUGACAGUUCUGUCCUUAUUGCUGUUGUUUAACUCUCUCUCACGCUUGGUAAAUCCAAGAUGGACAAUGGUGGAUAUGUUAAAGGGGAGGUGAAGCACCUUUUUAAAUGGGAUGAACCCAUGUUUCCUGCACCUUUUGAUAAAAGGUUUUGAUGUGUGUUGUGGAGAAUCAACCCAAGGGUCAUGCAAAGGCAUGGCCUUGUUCAAAUACUUUUAAGUGGCAUCCUUCCUCCCUUUCCUUGAUGUAAGCACUUCAGGGAAGGGACUGAAGGAAGGGUGCAUUUAGAGAGUAUUGGAACAUAGCCUGUGUCUCAGAUCUGUGGAUGUGGGAUGCACUGGGAUGACUCCAGUUGUAAAUAUUGGGACCAUUGAGUUGACUUUCUUUCUACGUUCGUCUAGCGAUUUCCUAUGUAGGGUGAUUGUGUAACCGGGUGAUUGUGUAACAGUGUGGAAGCGAUGCAAAAGGACUUUUUUUAUAUAUUUUUAAUUUUUUACUUGGUCUCGCGUGUUGUCGAGACGUCAUGGAGACUGGUGUGUGUGUGUGUGUGUGAGCUCCCAGCAUGCAUUUGGCCUACUGGUCAGAGGAGGAGGAUGAUGGUUGCUUUGGUCUUAAAGUACUGGCCUAAUGUGCUACUGAGUUGGUGUGACUGAAGGGAGGGAGAGAGGUGUCAUGGCUGUAGACUGUCCAUCAGAAUGUUAAUUUUUAGUAUGUUUUUUUUCUUCUUUUUUUUCUUGUAUUGCUAAUGUUUUCUUUUUUGCUUUAAAGAAACGUGUACUGUAAAGACCUUAAAGAAAUGCUACUAAUUGAAGGUGGUGAAUGAUUUACCAACUUCUUGCUGAAGAAAAAUUUGAAAAGGAAAUAAAGAUAACUGUACGAUAGCUAGACAGAGCACCGGUAGCUAGACAGAGCACCGAUAGCUAGACAGAGCACCGAUAGCUAGACAGAGCACCGAUAGCUAGACAGAGCACCGAUAGCUAGACAGAGCACCGAUAGCUAGACAGAGCACCGAUAGCUAGACAGAGAACUGUAUAUUUUUUUCAUUGUUUGUUUGUGAUGAGGGUUCCAUGAGAGGUUCUUCCAGGAGGGGUGAUGGGAAGACUUGGGCACUGUACUGUCUCUUGUCUAUUGGGGGGAAUGAUUUUUGGGGAGAUGGGUGGGUAGUAGUGGGUGUGUGGUGCUAUAGAGGUCUGAAUUACAAACUUUGCACCUGCUAUUGAACCUAUACACCAGGGUCUGAUUUCACCCUGCUGAACAGAUCCCAUGAUAUUAUGGACAAGGUCAGAUCCAGUCUUGUUCACCAUCCUGCUGUUCACAUGUGGUACUGGAGCUACCACCAGAUGACAGUAUUUCCCCCACAGACCAUAGUCAAUGACUGAGUUGGUUACUAAGUGAUCAAAGUUCAGUUUUGGAGAGGAUUACUUCUCUUAGCUCUGAAGCACAAGACUAUAGGAACAGAAAGGAAUGUUUGUGUGGGACAGGACAGUUCAAGCUGAUCCAUCCCUACAGGUAGAUGUCCCUCCUCCCCCAACACACACAUCUCAAGAGGAUGGACAAACAAAGGCAGUAUCCAGUGUGGUGUAUAUAGGCUUGGAGAAGGACCUUUUUUCACAUAUACAUAUAUAAAUAUGAAUAUAUGUAUAGAAAUAUACUGUAUAUUAUACAUAGAGGCACUAAAGUUUAAUUGUUAGUCGUGCACUCUCAGCAUGAGGUAUAUACCCACAAACGGCUUAUUGAAACCAGUGCAGUAGCAUCCCCAAUGUUUCUGCCCCUGCUCCUUGCCCUCUGUGACCCUGUAGCGCCAGUGCUCAUUCUGUUCUCAUUGUUUUCCAAGUGCCAAUAACUUUGUGAAACCCCUUAACUGUGACCCAAUAUUAUUCAAGGUAAUUGCACAUUAACUACUGUAAAGAAAAAUCACGAAGAUAAAUGUCAACAUGGAUUUAAAAAAAUAUAUCUUAAUAAAAGGUUUGUAACAAAUGA